GCACGCGGGAGCCGUCAUCCGGUGGCGGGUCCCGGCCGCGGGGCUGGCGGGCUGAGGGGAGGGAAGAUGGCGGCGGCGGCGGCGGCUGGGGCGGCUUCUGGGCUGCCGGGUCCGGUGGCACAGGGCUUGAAGGAGGCGUUGGUGGACACCCUCACCGGGAUCCUGUCCCCCGUGCAGGAGGUGCGGGCGGCCGCGGAGGAGCAGAUCAAGGUGCUGGAGGUGACCGAGGAAUUUGGUGUUCACCUGGCAGAGCUGACUGUGGACCCUCAGGGGGCACUGGCCAUCCGUCAGCUGGCGUCAGUCAUCUUGAAGCAAUAUGUGGAAACUCACUGGUGUUCCCAAUCAGAAAAGUUCAGACCUCCUGAAACUACAGAAAGGGCAAAAAUUGUCAUCCGGGAGCUGUUACCCAAUGGGUUGAGAGAAUCCAUAAGCAAAGUGCGUUCCAGUGUGGCCUAUGCUGUGUCAGCCAUUGCCCACUGGGACUGGCCUGAAGCGUGGCCCCAACUCUUCAGCCUGCUCAUGGAGAUGUUGGUGAGCGGAGACUUAAACGCCGUCCAUGGAGCCAUGCGUGUGCUGACAGAGUUUACUCGGGAAGUGACAGACACGCAGAUGCCACUUGUUGCUCCUGUCAUUCUCCCAGAGAUGUAUAAGAUCUUCACCAUGGCUGAGGUGUAUGGUAUUCGAACUCGGUCCCGAGCAGUAGAGAUUUUUACUACUUGUGCCCAUAUGAUCUGUAACAUGGAAGAGCUGGAAAAGGGUGCAGCCAAAGUCCUCAUCUUUCCCGUGGUGCAGCAGUUCACAGAGGCCUUUGUCCAGGCCCUGCAGAUGCCAGACGGCCCCACAUCUGACAGUGGUUUCAAGAUGGAGGUUCUGAAGGCAGUGACAGCCUUGGUGAAAAACUUCCCAAAGCACAUGGUGUCCUCCAUGCAGCAGAUCCUGCCCAUCGUCUGGAACACUCUAACUGAAAGUGCUGCCUUUUAUGUGAGGACAGAAGUGAAUUACACAGAGGAAGUGGAGGACCCUGUGGACUCGGACGGAGAAGUCCUAGGCUUUGAAAACCUCGUCUUCAGCAUUUUUGAAUUUGUCCAUGCCCUACUAGAAAACAGCAAAUUCAAAAGCACUGUUAGGAAGGCUUUGCCUGAGCUUAUUUACUACGUCAUCCUGUACAUGCAGAUCACCGAGGAGCAGAUUAAAGUGUGGACCGCUAACCCACAACAGUUUGUAGAAGAUGAGGAUGAUGACACUUUCUCCUACACUGUUAGAAUUGCAGCUCAAGACUUGUUGCUGGCUGUGGCCACAGAUUUCCAGAAUGAAAGUGCAGCAGCCCUGGCUGCUGCAGCUACUCGGCACUUACAAGAAGCUGAGCAGACCAAAAACAGUGGCACUGAGCACUGGUGGAAAAUCCACGAGGCCUGCAUGCUUGCUCUAGGCUCAGUGAAAUCCAUCAUCACUGACAGUGUGAAGAAUGGCAGGAUCCAUUUUGACAUGCAUGGGUUCCUGACCAACGUCAUCCUUGCAGACCUCAACCUGUCAGCGUCUCCUUUCCUCCUGGGACGGGCACUUUGGGCUGCCAGCCGUUUCACUGUCGCUAUGUCCCCUGAACUGAUUCAGCAGUUCCUACAGGCAACAGUUAGUGGGCUUCAUGAAACACAACCCCCAUCGGUUCGAAUCUCUGCUGUGAGAGCCAUCUGGGGUUACUGUGAUCAGCUGAAAGUUUCGGAGAGCACACAUGUGCUUCAGCCCUUCCUCCCCAGCGUCCUCGAUGGCCUCAUCCACCUAGCAGCCCAGUUCAGCUCAGAAGUCCUCAACCUGGUGAUGGAGACCCUGUGCAUCGUUUGUACUGUUGACCCUGAAUUCACGGCAAGCGUGGAAAGCAAAGUCUGUCCCUUCACCAUUGCCAUUUUCCUGAAGUACAGUAAUGACCCUGUUGUCGCCUCGCUGGCUCAGGACAUCUUCAAGGAGCUGUCGCAGAUUGAAGCCUGUCAAGGCCCAAUGCAGAUGAGACUGAUUCCCACUCUGGUCAGCAUAAUGCAGGCCCCAGCAGAUAAGAUCCCUGCAGGGCUCUGUGCGACAGCCAUUGAUAUCCUGACUACAGUAGUUCGAAAUACAAAGCCUCCCCUUUCCCAGCUCCUCAUCUGUCAAGCUUUCCCUGCUGUGGCACAGUGCACCCUUCACACGGAUGAUAACGCCACCAUGCAGAACGGUGGAGAGUGCUUGCGGGCCUACGUGUCAGUGACACUGGAACAGGUAGCUCAGUGGCACGACGAGCAAGGCCACAAUGGACUAUGGUAUGUGAUGCAAGUGGUGAGCCAGCUCCUGGACCCACGCACUUCUGAGUUCACUGCAGCCUUUGUGGGCCGCCUGGUCUCCACUCUCAUCUCCAAGGCAGGGCGGGAGCUCGGGGAGAAUCUGGACCAGAUUCUUCGUGCCAUCCUCAGUAAGAUGCAACAGGCAGAAACACUCAGUGUCAUGCAGUCUCUCAUCAUGGUGUUCGCUCACCUCGUGCACACGCAGCUGGAACCUCUGCUGGAGUUCCUGUGCAGCCUCCCAGGACCGACUGGCAAGCCUGCCCUGGAAUUUGUGAUGGCUGAGUGGACAAGCCGGCAGCAUCUCUUUUAUGGACAGUAUGAAGGCAAAGUAAGCUCUGUAGCACUAUGUAAGCUGCUUCAGCAUGGCAUCAAUGCAGAUGACAAGAGGCUACAGGAUAUUCGUGUGAAGGGAGAAGAGAUCUACGGCCUGGAUGAAGGCAUUCGUACCCGCUCUAAGUCAGCCAAAAACCCAGAGCGCUGGACAAACAUUCCUUUGUUGGUCAAGAUCCUAAAGCUGAUUAUCAAUGAACUCUCCAAUGUCAUGGAGGCCAAUGCGGCUCGCCAGGCCACUACCACAGAGUGGAAUCAAGAUGACUCCAAUGAUAUGUGGGAGGACCAGGAGGAAGACGACGAGGAAGAGGAGGAUGGGUUAGCUGGCCAGCUUUUAUCUGACAUCCUUGCUACAAGUAAAUACGAGGAGGAUUACUAUGAAGAUGAUGAGGAAGAUGACCCUGAUGCCCUGAAGGACCCUCUCUAUCAGAUUGACCUACAGGCAUAUCUCACCGACUUCCUCUGCCAGUUUGCUCAGCAGCCCUGUUACAUAAUGUUUUCGUGCCACCUUAAUGACAACGAGAGGCGGGUCCUACAGAGCAUCGGCAUCUAGGGGUCUGCAGCCUGUGCUCCCUCUCUCCUGGCCCAGCCACAGGCUAGCCACAGCCCCCACUGGUCCUGAGAUGCACUGUUUCUCAGCCUGGAGCGGCUUCCUGGCCCAUGGUCUCCACGGUCUCCACAGUGACACUGACAACUCAGUCCUUGCUCACCAGGGCUGGCAUUUAAAAAUGCUAAAACAAAAGGCAUUUCUCAAAGUCCUGUGAAGAUACCCCAGCUCUGCCCUCACUUCCAUUCCUAGCAGCUUUUGUUGGCCAGACCAGAAACAUACCCAGAAGGAUUAUGGGUUCCUGAUUACUGUGCCCCACGUCAGGAACGCAGGAAGUCACUACCAUUUAUAUUCAUUUCUAUUCAGAAGCAUACCUGUUCGUUUUCAUAGGAUAUCUGAUGUGUUCAGAUAGGAGCCCCCUUGAAAGAGAUCAUUAUGCUUUCUACCCUCAGCCCCUGAUGCUCUAGGUUCUUGGUAGGAACAAGCUUGGACAGCUCCAUACUAACCCUUCCCAGUAACCCUCCCUCCAUCUUUCCUCAUGCAACACUAAGGCCUCUGUCAAGGGAGCCAGCUCUGCUUCAUUGCAUGACACAGCCCCUCCCCCAGGCUGUUCCUAUAUGUACAUGCGCACACAAAAUAAGCCAGACAGAUGGUGACUGGUCUUUUUUUAGGGAAAAAAAAAAAUCAGGAAAAAAGAUUUUUUUCUAAAUCUGCCUGACCCAUCUAUAUUUAAUAUGCCUCUUUUACGUAUAACCACAGAGCCUGAUAGUCAAAGGUCACCCCUGUCCCUCAGGAAUCCUCCAAAGUGGUUGAGUUGUAGCCCUUGAGUUUGCAACAUGUAUUUUUCUAGGACAGUAAAGCAAUCUUUACAAAUGAA